AUGCGAGAUCGACCACCCACCUCCGUGGGGACGUGGAGCCCUCAUGGGCUGCGCCAACUAUCGCCUCGAAUGAAUAGCAGUGUUGAAUCACGUAUCGAUUACCUUGUUCGCAGCGAAUAUGCCACCCUCAAAUUUCUCGAAACGACUACAGUGCCUGCUCCUCGUGCAUUUGAUUUUGGGAUUGCUGGUGACACAGAUAACAAAGUGGGUGUCAGCUAUAUCCUUAUGGAAGAGAUGGCUGGCAGGACUUGGAAUAUGCAAGGGCCACAUGGGAAGCGUUCUGCCGAUGGCAACGACAAGGAGAGGAGCCGGAUCUCUUCUCCCAGGUCUUUGCCUUCAAAGCCAAUAGUUUCUGCCGUCGCCAGUGACCGAUUUCUUGUUCUGAGUCCUUCUGGGCCUUUCGCUACUGCCAAAGAUUACUAUACGUCAUUUGUAGAGCAGAACAUGGCCCUCAUCGCUGAUGGUCAGCUUUUCCCAUCUUUUCCAGUGAAUGCUUAUUUGGUAUUUUUAUUCUUGAAAUCCCAGAUCCCGAAUCUUGCAUCCACAGCAAACCGUAAUAUUGAAACGACGGAGCAAUUUUACAUCAAGCACGUGGAUGACAAGGGAGACCACUUAAUGGUGGAUGACGAGCUGAAUAUUGUCGGGAUCAUCGAUUGGCAAAUGGCUCGAGUCGUUCCUGCCAAUGAAGCUUUUGGACCCUCUUUGGUGACCGCUGAAAUGGGCGAUAUUUACAACGGCGUAUCGUCCUUAACUGUCCAUGAUCAUGGGUUAGCUCGCUUCUUGAAAGCGAAGGGAGAAGAUGACUUGGCUGAUAUCAUGAGAAAAGACGAGAAGCUACGGAGGUUUUUCUUUGGUCUUGAUGUUGAUUUUUCUUGGAACGAGACACUCCUAUUAAUUCGAGGCAUUUGGGCUGCAUUUGGCAUGGACAAAAACACUGAUCGGAAAGUUUGGAAGACGGACAUGCUGGACCAACACAUGCAUGAUGAGCGUCUGAUGAAUAUUAUUGAUAGUUUUGGAGCAGGCCCUUGA